CGGCUGUUUUGGGUACCUAGAGACCAAGAGAGUUAGCUAGCUGCCUGUCAACGAGAGCUGACAGGACUGUCACGACAAGCAAGAGAACCAAACCGGAACCCCACGAGUCGGCUUUGUCUUGGAUUUGUGUUUCCCGGCCAUGCAUCUCAGACACGCAAGGGAACGGGGACAACGACAACGACAGCAGCCAGACCUGACUUCCACUUGACAUUCACACAUCCAUCAUCCAUCCAUACUGGCCAACUCAGACACCUACCUACCAUACAUACCUGGAUUAUCCACUAGUAGGGAGAUUCGGCAUCCAUCUUCCACCUCCCCUCCCUAGUAGCAGGAAUAUCUCGACGCCCUAACCCAAGAGGUACCCUACCAACCGUUGACGCGCCCCAGUCAAACACCACACCCACUCCUCUUCGACGUGGAUACACACGCCGUCCGACACCCCGACCAGGGCAAAGCAGAAACCCGUUUUUGUACUCUACGCGAAGAUACAGACCACUCAUCUCUACACUACUUAUCCAAGUAUCGUAUUGAUACUACAUACUACCACCACCACCGGUUACCUUUUCCACGAGGCGAAGACCAGGCAGACAGCAGCAGCAUCGUCAUCAUCAUCGACGAUACACAGUACAAUCUACACUACUGUUCUCUACGUACCCCUACCGCGAGUCCAAAGAAACAAAACGCGUUGCUCUGCCCUGCGCUGGCCCGGACAGUAGAGCCAAAAGAAACCAACCAUCGCCAGCCCAUCGCCGUAUGGUGUAACAGCGACCCGUGUGUACACAGAGACACACAACAUCAGGAGGCCAUCGGCAGCAGCAAGAGAACGGACUUGACGAAACGUUGAAUCCAGGCACACGGGAAUAUACUUGCGGCAGGGUCAGUCUACCCACCCACUGCGGUACAUACAUACAUACAUACAUACAUACAUACAUACACCCACAGAUCUUGGUGGUGACCGUUGGUCAUCCUGUUUACGACCGCACCAGUCCUGCCUGCAGCAAGGCGAUCUACAAUAUCCAGCGGGCGCCGGCGCCGGCAAGGUUCCAGAGCCCCAGAGGCAGCAGACAGUCUCCGCGCUAGAGACACCACCCUGUACCCUUGGGUAGGACCCGCAGUGCCCCGUCCAGUCACCAGUCUUGUCGGGCCACCCCAUCCACACCCCGGAACAGCCCCCUCACUCCUCGCUACCUAUCGCUACAGGUACCGAGCGUGCCGCUACAAAGAGACAUCAGACCAGUAAAGGUCGGAGCGUUCCUUUGCUUCGGGUUCGGGCUGCCAUAUCCUGUCUCGGGCUUCUCCCGUCCCUCCUUCUUCUCAUCGCCACCAGUCCACCCCAAGGUACCCCAUCAAGUUCCCCGUCGUGCCCAGCCCCGGCCCCCCCAUCACAGCCUGAAGGAUCCCUGGACACGCGAAAAACAGGGGGGACGAUUGACGCAGUCGCCUGCAGGCCGAGCCGCCCCCGAAAAAAAAAAGUGGCCUCAAGCCUUACCUAACACCCUUGCAACGUGUCCAACGACACAUCAUCUACCUUAAUCCAGUCUGUGCGAGUUGGCAGUCCAAGGAAUUUAGAAAGACGUGAGCAGCCGCUGCAGGUAGCCAAAUAUGUCCGACUCCCCCCAAUCCAAUUCAAAGGAUGUCGAACAAGGUGCACCGUCACCCGGCGAGGAACCACAAAUGAACGACCCUCAGGACCCACACUCGAGCGGGCUCAACCAGUAUGAGUUCGAAGUCAAGGAACAGGACCGGUGGUUGCCCAUAGCCAAUGUCGCCCGCAUUAUGAAGAAUGCGCUUCCCGAAAAUGCAAAGAUAGCCAAGGAGGCAAAGGAGUGCAUGCAAGAGUGCGUGAGCGAGUUCAUCUCGUUUAUCACUAGCGAAGCUUCGGAAAAAUGCCAGCAAGAAAAGCGCAAGACCGUAAACGGCGAGGACAUCUUGUUCGCAAUGACGUCCCUGGGAUUCGAGAAUUAUGCCGAAGCUCUCAAGAUUUAUCUUUCCAAGUAUAGAGAACAGAAUCAGACAAAUCGUAGCGAGAACCAGCAAAAUCGACCCAGCAGCCAAGGCUACGGCGCGCCUCAGGGCCAGAACCAACCUGGACAAGGCGGGUUUUCCAGCAACGAUCUCGGUGGCCAGCAAGAAAGUGGCGAUGCUUCAGGCUACAACCUCUAUGGCGCUCAGACAGGACACAACGGUGGCGGCGCUGAAGGGUACUAGGAGCCAGCGGACCGUGGGCGGUUGUCAGCAAGAAUGAAUCCCUCUACGACCCAGCAGUUCUCCAAGCCCUAGAAGCACGGGCAGUAUUUUCGGACCCUCUGGUUGUUGGCCCCAAGCAGGCAUCCCAUUAGCCUGUGAUUGAUAGGGACAAAUUAAAACCGGGUCCAGAAGGCGUCAUGCUCUCAUGAGACGUUCGAUGAUCCGGUUGCGAAUGAACCAACGUCUUCAGGAGAAGUCGGCGCGUCGCCAGAAAGGCUGCACAUUGCGACUGUAGCCGGGAGAGGAUCACGAAAAGCAUACUCACUGUUACCGAGUCUCUGAUGUGUGUAUAACCAUGGGGCUGUUGCUUGUUGACCUACCCAGACAAGAAGUAGCAGCCUCUUACGUUGCCAUGUUUUAUUUCCUUUCGUUUUUUCUAGGGUGGAUAUUGUUUGGUCUACAAAGAUACAGGAGCGGCCAUCAAAAUUGGUAUCUAGUCGGCUAGCUGGCGUAAAGAGUGGUUAUGAAUACAGUCCAAUACUACUGGCUUGAAUGUUGUUUUUGUAGCUGGUUGGUCUAUUUAGUUCCAUGACUAGAGGGCAAUCCUACUUUAAAGAAGUUUUCCCAGAA